GAUUGUGUUACAUAGUUUUAUUUUUGGAUAUGAAAAAUGGCAAAUGCAUUUCGAUUUUCAAAUCCAUCCUUUCGCGGGGAAGGCAGUUAAUUGGGAGGAAGAAGAGAGAAGAGACGGAUAAGAAAUGCAACAAGAAGACCUUGUUACUUUGCAACAGCUAAACACAUUCACUUGCCAUUUGAACGAAAGCUUUCAACAGAUUGAGGAAAGACUAAAAGUUCUGGAACUAAAAGCAACAAGACUUGAAGAAACAACUGAUAGAUGGGACAAAUGGUUAAGAAGCAUUGGCAAAUUAAGGAUGAAGCAACGACAAGAAAACACAAAACUUGGCACCAAAAAAUUGCCAACCAACUAAGCGAACCUUAAGAAAAAUAAAA